GUUUUUUUUAAGUUGUGUCCAGAUAUUAGGUUUUAUCAAUAAAGUUUGUUUUUUGAAAGCCCUGAUUUACCAGAGCGUUUCAUUUUACAUUGGUUUGUCGACGGUGUGUAUUCCUGGUAUUGAGUUCCCAGUUAAGACCAAAAUGUAUCUUUUUUUUAGUUUUAUUUUGAAAGUAUAACGGAAGUGUUUUAUUUUGAAACCCAAAAAUGUUUCCUGUUUCUCCGGACUUUUUUCCUCUACGUUGACGCGUCGACGGACAGGAAAUAGAACUCGCGCGCAAAGCCUACGUUGCGUGGCGGAGGGACGGAAGUCAGACGCAGACAUGAUGGUGGCGAUGUAAACAUUCUGACUGGUAUACGAAAUUCUAUCUUUUGUGUCAACACAACGCAACGGAGUCGCGCCGCAGACGGACCAGUGUAAAUAGGGAAUUGGGAGUUCCGUUGUGCUGUCAAAGAUAAACUAACAUUUUAUACUUUAAGGGGGCGUGCCCAUGCGAUUACACUCUUUUACCCCCGCAGAGAGCACCGUCGUCCACUGUAGUCAUGGACGAUGAACGUUUAAUUUUAGAAGUAGAAAAACACAAUAUCCUUUAUGACUCAAAACAUGCAUUUUAUAAGGACCCAGUGAGGAAGGAGAGGGCAUGGAGCCUGAUUGCACAAGUUUUGGAUGCUGAUGCUGACACCUGUAAAGCAAGAUGGAGGGUUCUGCGAGACAGCUUCGUCAGAAACCAAAAAAAGACAAAUCCAAGUGGAUCAAGAGGGGGUUCACUGAUAGACUGGAAAUACAAAGACAUUAUAUCUUUUAUUCUGCCCCACCUGCAACACAGGAGCUCCAAAAUCAAUUUAGAAAAAGUUCCGGAUCAGAGCAGGAGUGAAGCAGGGACUCCCACAUCGCUGGAGGAAAUGGAUAACCAGUCAGUACACGUUAAAAUUGAAGAUCCUGGACCAGGGCCAUCCAGAGAAAUCGGGAGCACAAUCACGCCACUGCCACAACAAGCAACACAGAGAAAAAAGUCUAAAAAAAGACAGCUCUCGACUAUUGCAGACAACUUGAUAGCUCUGUUAGAAGAGCCAGUCCCAAAGCAGAGCUUACCCGAAAGUGACCUUGACGAGUGCUACUACUUUGCUAUGAGCCUCGUACCAAUGCUGAACAGGAUGGACAGAAUAACAAGAGAAGAGACGAAAUUUCAAAUUUUAAAAUGCUUUGAAAAAGCAAGACAGAGACAACAGCACAUUGAUUAGGGCUGUAAUAUCUGAAUACUCAGAAACAUGGAUGGAAAGUGACUUCUGACUCAUUGUGUUUCUCUUUUAUUAGUAUAUUUUUGGGAUUUAUCUAAUAGUGAUGGUGUCUUUGAAUUCUCUAUUCGCGGCAUCAUAGCAGAUGUGUAAAAAAAGAAUCUGAAAUUUACUGUGUUUUGUUUAGGGUUAAAUACAACUUUUUAAAAAAUCA